CACAGCACAAUGCUGCUCGCUCUCGUUAUCGCGAGAUUGCAGCGUUUAGCGACCUGAGAGAGAGAGAGAGAGAGAGAGACUGAACAACCGAGAAGUCGAGAAAGGAGCACCGAGAGACGCCGACAUCUGGACACACAUCAUGAAAAGACGACAGAACAACUGAGGAAGCCAGAGAAGAGAAGCGUCGACAUUUCUGUUAUGAGAGAAGCAUGGAGUUCCCAGACCACAGCCGCCACUUGCUGCAGCGCCUUAGUCAGCAGCGUCACCAGGGUUUCCUGUGCGACUGCACCGUGCUGGUCGGCGCGGCACGGUUCCGUGCGCACCGGGCCGUGCUGGCCUCGUGCAGCAUGUACUUCCAUCUUUUCUACCGGGACCAGCUCGACACCCACGACGUGGUUCGACUGAACAGCGACAUUGUGACGGCGCCGGCGUUCAGCUUGCUCCUCGAGUUCAUGUACGAGGGCAAACUCGAGUUCAGUACACUUCCGGUGGAGGACGUGCUGGCCGCUGCCAGCUACCUGCAUAUGUAUGACAUUGUCAAAGUGUGCAAGGGAAGACUGAAAGAAAAGGAGCUGUCCUGCCUGGAUGAGAAACUUGUUGACAGUGUGAGUUUGAGCUGCCUGGACAGGGACAGCGUGCCUGACAGGGAGACAGAGCCCAGCAAAAUCCCCCUGAGAGGCCAAAUGGCAGAUGACAUGGACAUGGAUGACAUCACAGAUUGUGAUAGGCCAGCACUGGCAAGGCAGAAGGCUAACGGUCACCUCCGUGGGUCUCCGGACCUUGUAGGUGUCAAUUAUGUGUCAGCCGAGGCCGAGGCCCGUGUGCGAACAGCUGGAAAAACGAAUGUGGACGUCAGCGGUGCGUCCCAAAGGUCCCGGGCGGCCGAUGACACGGACAGUGCGCUGGACCUGUCUUUGAAGGCGCUGUCGGGCAGAGAUGUGGGACAGCUGGCCCUCGACAGGCAGCAGCAGGGCAUAGAGAUGCACGCUCGAGACAAACACGGCACGCUGUCAGUGAAGGAGGAGGGUGGGGGUGCCAGCUUUGGGAAUAGUGUGCCCAUGACAGGGUUCGAUGCCCUCUUUCGGGGCAAAAAUGGCACUCUGCUGCCCCCGGAGGAGCACCUGAUGAUGGAGGAUGAAGAAGACGACGUGGUGGGGUUGGAUGCUGAUGACGAGGAGGAGCGGAUGGGAGGAAGGGUGGGGAUUUUAGUGGCCCAACGGGAACACAGCCGAGAAGGGAGCGAGGAGGCUCGAGUUAGAGGUGAAAUACACAGUGAGGAGGAAGAGGACGACGACGAUCUAACUUCCACAGACAUCACCGCACUUCUACCACCAACAAGCACUGUUCCAGUCUGUGUGUGCCCACUAUGCAACAAGGCAUUCCCAUCACCACAUGCCCUGCAGCCGCACCUGAGCGCGCACUUCCGUGAGCGGGAGGGCGCGCGCACCAAGCUCUCACCCGACGCCUCGGUGCCCACCUGUGCUCAGUGUGGCAAGACCUUCUCAUGUGCGUACACAUUAAAGCGGCAUGAACGCACACACUCGGGCGAGAAGCCCUACACAUGUGCUACGUGCGGCAAGAGCUUCCAGUACUCGCACAACCUGAGCAGGCACGCCGUGGUGCACACACGAGAGAAACCUCACGCCUGCAAGUGGUGCGAUCGCCGCUUCACACAGUCAGGAGACCUGUACCGCCAUAUCCGCAAGUUCCACUGCGCCCUCGUCAAGACCCUCUCUAUUGGAUAAGCACACUCCUUUUCUACUCCCAAAGGCUGUAUCUGAUCCACAUGUGUAAAGUAUUUAAGCUUAAAGGGGAGUCUUGCUCUAAACCUAAAGCCACGGUGGUUUUUGGUCACUAUGCACUCGACCUGCUGUAGAUAUGUCACAACUUAAAAUUGGUAUUCAGUAUUUCGCUGUAUUUUAAUGCAGAAUUAAGGACUUAAGGUCCGAUUAGAGUUCCUCCACCCAGUGGAGAAGUGUGAAGUGAAGGUUUUUGAUGCACUUGGUCAGUCACUGGCAGCGUCUUCUGAAAUUAAGUGAUAAAUAUGAUUUUUUUUUUUUAUGUUAUGUCAUGUUGACAAUAGUAUAAGUUUUUACUUUAUGGAAAUGAGCAAUUGAAUAUUGGGUUAAAUUAUAUGUGCAAAUUAAUUUAAUAAUGGCUUAAUAAUGUCCAGGUAAAAAAAAAAGGUUCAGGUUAAAGUCCUGGUGCUGUAUAUGGAAUGACAGAGAAGUUGGUAAUUUGCCUUUUUUUUCUAAUUUUUUUUUUUAUUGCUUCUGUGGAAACAGGGUCGUGUGUUUCCUCUUAAAUUGGAAACAGUUUCAGAAGUUAAAAUUAGUGCACAGGCAAUUUGCAAGGACAUCUACUACCUUUAUUACAAAUAUUACAGUUUUCUUCUGCAAGAUAUAAAAUGAAAUAAGUCUUUUUGUUGUAGUUGUUGUUCUUGAGAAGUUGAAUGAGGUGAAAUGGGACCUUUGGAUCGAACGUAAAUAACCCCCUUUUAUUAACUAGCUAGUGUUCAUUUAGGCGGGUCUUUAUUAAUCUAUUUAACUGGAAACACUAACAACCGACACCAAUUCUAAUUGAACAUGAAUGUUAGAAUGUUGUUUAUUCUUUUUUCCUAAACUUUAUCCUUUCAUCCUACUUAACGUUUUCGAGUUAGUUGUUUAAGUUAAUGCACACUGGUUAAAUUAUAACAACAAGAGGCACUAAAAGUCCACGUAAUCCUGUUUCUUUUUUGUUUUUUGUUUCCUGAGAAAACUUGAUUAGAAUUAUUUAUUAGUUCUGUUGGUUCAGGUUUUACUGUCAGCAUCUGAAGUAUAAACAGCUGUGUUAAUUCCUAAUAUGUCUACUGGGUACUGUUUCGGGCUACACCGAAUGGAUCGAUUGUUUAAAAAAAAAAAAAAGAAAAAUCAGUUGCUGUUUAUCGGUUUAUCAUUUCACUGUAACUUGUGUAGAUAAGCCAUUUUUAAAUCACUUUUUGUUAAGAGUCGACUCCAGAAAUGCUAAGACGCACUUGCUUUGUGCAUACAUAGACUGUACAUACAACACUGAUAUUCUGUAGGCUGCUAUUUCUAACUGUAUAUUUAUUGUAAAUAUGCAUUUUAUUUAUCUUUGUUUUCUUGACAACAUCUGGAAUUUCUCAAAUCUCUUGACUUUUGAAGUUGAAGUCUUCCCUUGUUUUGUUGGUGUGAUUUAAAGCCUGUAAUGCGAUAAUGCUGUGACAGAUGUAGCAGAUUUUAGAAGCACAAGGUCACUGAGACUUGCAAUAGCUGAACCUUUUUAUAAAAGUCCUGCAAUUUGAAAAAAAAAAGGAAAGGAAAGAAAAAACAUAAUCCCAGGUAUUUAUUUAACGUGUAACACGUCGCGAAACUACUAGAAGUGUUACAAAUACUGUUUAUGUGUUACAAAGACGUUUUUCUUUCUUUUUUCUUUUCACCAGAGCUAUUUAGAGUAAUAUUUCCUGAAAAGAAAAAAAAGAUGUGAGGAGAAACGUGUAUUUCUAACUGAUUAGACUACAAAACUAUUUCGUCUUCUUCGCACAUCAUUUGUCGGGGCGGGCAGCUGUUUAAAACGCAUAUUCGAAUUCCUUUUAAGUUCAAGAUCUGCGUAUGUUUAAAGGUCUUGUGUGGAACACUGGAACUUACUUAUGAGCAACUUCUGAACAUUUUCCUGAGAAUGUUGUAACCAUGUGACUAGGUAGAACUGGGAGGUCUCUUUCACGCAGCUAAUACUGAUGAGACGUAGGUGCUUUCAUUUGAAAUGUACGUGUUGAUUAGAUUCUGACUCCACCGAGGUUAAUAUGUUGAAGUAAUAUGCAUCAACUUGAUCUACACAGUAUGUGCCUUGUUGACACACAUUAAUCCAACAGCAAAUUCAUUAUUGGGCAUUAUUGUGGGCCUGUAAUUAUUCAUUCUGCACAAGCUGUUACUUAUUGCAAAAAAACAACAACAACUCAACAUAAUGUGUAUUUGAUUUUCAUGUUGAAAUUAAAGAUACGAUACGAGCGCUUUAGGUAUUAAAAUAUCAUGAAAUAUGAUAUAAUAUUAGGCUGUGGGUAGUGAAUCGAGGAAACAGGUGCAUCAUACUUGAAGCAACUUCCUGCUCAGAUGCAGUCAUGUGAUCAGGCUCCAGGCAGUUUUGAACUAUCAUGUAUGACCAGCAGGAGCAUAAUCAUGUGUAACGCAAGCACCAGUGAUGAUUCUUUAAGCUGUGCAUUGAGAAAUCAAGCCGCACAAAUAAUAAGGCACAAUUAUGUUUUGCUUCAACAAAAGCAGUGUGUAUGUAAAGAUUAAUACUGGAAUAUUGUCUUCUAAGGUUCAGACUGUGAAACUGUAUAAUCAUAAGAAUUAUUUAUUGAUUUCUUUCUCGUGCAAAUAUUUUACUGAGUUCGACUUAAGUAAUGAAAUACGCUACUAAACGGAGAACAUUUUUACUAGACUUUGUAGAAGUGCCAUUAGAUUUAAUAUAAUUUUUUUUAUAAGAAACAUAUAUUUUAUAGGAAACAGAUGCGUUGAUGUUAGUGCUCUAGUGGAUGUAGGUGACAAUCUGUUUUAUUUAAAAAAAAAAAACAUUUGUUGGAUUUUCUUUUUUUUUGUUUGUUUGUUUUGACUGAUUAACGCUAUUAUGUUACAAAUUUGUUUGUGCUUUUUAUUUGCCGCUUUUGACGUGUACCCGUGUGUGUGCUGUGGAAAAAGUGACAAUCCUGAGCUAGGACUUUAUUUCAAUUCUGUAGAGAUUAAAUAGAGAAUUUUAUG